CAGGAAGAGACAGUGCACUGCUGCAAUGCACGUUUUAUGGAUUGAGAUGGUGAUUUCGUUUACUUGCUUGAUUGCUUGUGAUUGAUAUCUUAGUUAUUCCCUUUCCUCUGUCCUCUUUCCUUAUCGUGUUUUCUUCCCACUGUUCACAGUCCUCAGCCAGCUUUCGCGAGUGCUUCCAAGGCACGUCUCCAGCUUAUACGACGGCUCGAGCUUGCACAGAACGGGAGGGUGCCUCUCAUUGGCAGCAUGGUGGCAAAGCAGUAGCAAUGCUAGCCAGCUAGCUAACUCUAGAGACAGGCACAAACGCAACAGAUUCUCACAACAAGACGUGAGUUUGAAGCACACGAAAGCUCAGGGUAGCUUUUCUUCAGCACGGGGUCCUCCUCUGCACUCUUCUGAUCUGUACUCUGCUCUGCUCUUUCUAUAUUUGGUGCUUUUUUGGUCGUGGUUGCAGCGGUUGCAUGCACGGGUGCCCACCUGGUGGAUUGUCAGCGAAGGCUUUGAUUCGGAAGAGUUCGGCUUGGGCGAGAUUUGUUCUUACCACGUCAUCUGGUGCUGUUUUUCGGCAUUGUCACCUCGAGAUAUUUGUCGCCCAGGGCUGGUUUGAGAGACUGGAGUGUGAUUGAUACUCCGGUGGAGCUUGUGUUGGUGUCGGAUUACGUCGAUGCGAGAGUGGUUCGGGGCUGCCAUACUAGCUUUCUUAUAAUCAAGGAACACUACCGAUUUCAGUGCUUCGAUCAAGAAUCUGAUAGGGCGACGCGGACUUCAAACCCAGAAGAAACUUAUCCAGCUAAUGUAGCUGAAGUCCUAUACUUAAGGACCUGCCCUUUGCUUUUGGAACAGUGAAAAGCUGUCUGUGAUUUGGAUCUACUUUUUGGUUGCUUCAGGUCUCUUUCAAAGCUCCCUUGAAGUCCUAGGAUUUGAAGAAGAGAGAUUCUCCAUGACGACCAUCGAUGCUCCUCAAAUUGUGUCUGAAUUGCGUGCUACUCUGCGUACGGCGCGCACCAGGCCGGCGCAGUGGAGGCUGGACCAGAUUCGCGCCGUUCUGAAGCUUGUGAAUGAGAAUGAAGAUGAUAUUUAUGCAGCUCUUCACUCCGAUUUACACAAGUCGAACUAUGAGUCCUUCCUCACCGAAGUCAAUGUACUUGUUUCAGCUUGUAAAUCAACGAUGAAGAAUUUGCACAAGUGGAUGGCUCCUGAGAAGAAACCAAUUCCAUUGGCAGUUUGGCCCGCAAAUGCUUCGGUGAUUUCAGAGCCUCUUGGAGUGGCAUUAGUCAUUUCUCCAUGGAAUUUCCCUCUUCUGUUGGCGCUUGAUCCCGUGGUUGGAGCCAUAGCUGCUGGCUGUACAGUUUGUUUAAAAACAUCAGAAAUCGCUCCAGCGACCUCUGCUCUCCUGGCCAGAUUGUUGCCGGAGUAUGUGGACACCGAGGCAAUCAAGGUAGUGGAAGGCAGCAUUCCUGAGGUUACAGCGCUGCUCGAGCAGAAGUGGGACAAGAUCUUCUAUACUGGUAACGCCAAGGUGGGCAGGAUUAUCAUGGGAGCUGCUGCAAAGCACCUCACGCCAGUGACUCUGGAGCUUGGAGGAAAGUGUCCCUUAUUUAUUGACGACUCGGUUGAUCUGAAGGUGGCAUCAAAGCGAAUCAUGGUUGGAAAAUAUGGAAGUAAUGCUGGUCAAGCGUGUAUUUCGCCGGAUUAUGUCUUGGUUGAAGAACAUUUUGCACCGACCCUGAUCAAACAGCUCCAAAAGACACUUCUUGAGUUCUAUGGACCAGAUCCUAGCGCUUCCGUGGAUUUGGCACGCAUUAUAAAUAAGAAUCACUUUCAACGACUGUCAAGCAUGUUGGAUGACCCCAGCAUAGCAGAUAAAAUUGUGCACGGUGGUGAACGAGACGAGAAGUCAUUAUACAUUGCUCCAACUUUGAUAGAUAACCCUCCAUUGGACUCUCCUGUCAUGGUCGAGGAAAUCUUUGGCCCUAUGCUGCCCAUCAUCACAGUUAGAAACGUCGAUCAUGCUUUGAAUAUUAUUAACGACAAGCCAAAACCAUUAGAAGUCUACGUCUUCUCAAACAACAAAGACCUAUUCAACAGGUUUAGGGACGAAACAUCUUCAGGUGGAAUAGUGAUGAACGACUGUGUUUUGCAAUUCAUCAUUCCCGAGCUGCCCUUUGGUGGAGUGGGGGAGAGUGGCACAGGCGCUUACCAUGGAAAAGCCACUUUCGACGCAUUCAGCCACCGCAAGGCAGUCCUAGUGAAGAACAUGGGGGGUGACGUCUUUGCAAGGUAUCCUCCCUUCACGGUGAGGAAGCAAAGUCUGAUUAAAGCGUUGCUUACUGGGACAAUUAUAGACAUCAUCUUAGCCGCACUGGGGUGGAGAAAGUAAAUCUGAUCUGGGGAGGAGAUCGAUCAGUAAGGCCAAAGCUUCUCCGGUGUCAUCACACCAAUCAUUGCGUGCUAGUGCUGUAGCAAGUUAAACCACGCCUUGACAGAAGCUGGUCCUGCAAUAAAAAGCUGAUCAGCUGAAGGCAAGCACAGACCAGGCACAGACAGCCAUGUUGUUGUGGACAGCAUCACCCACCCGUCUUCGUCCUGUAGGGAGUUCGAUCGGGACACUGCAUGUGUGUUGAUUUGUUGAGAAAGACUGCAACAAAUGCAGACACCAGCACGACACCCUUGUCUCAUCCUCCAAGUCAUUUAUUGGCCUUUAUCUGCUGGCUCCAGCAGAUACAAUUGUCUUGUACUGCUGUAAAGAUCUGUUUAACCUUGUACCUGCAAAAUGGUGUUGAGAGGCCCACCAGUUUCUAAAUAUUAUUAAAAGACAUUUUUUCA